AUGCAAGGGGACCAGGGACUGCUGCUGUUCCUGCUGCUGCUGCUGGCUGGCUGCCUGGGUGCGGAUGUGGCGGGGGGCGCGGGGAGCGUGGACGGGGUGUUCGAGGUGGCCCUCUACUGCAACGUGCUCGUGUCCCCCGACGGCUGUGUGUACUGGCUGCCGCCCGCCAUCUUCCGCUCUGCCUGCCCGGUCUCCGUCACCUACUUCCCCUUCGACUGGCAGAACUGCUCGCUCGUCUUCCAGUCCCAGACCUACAGCACCAGCGAGAUCAACCUGCAUCUCAGCCAGGAAGCGGGUCAGACCAUCGAGUGGAUUUUUAUCGACCCUGAGGCCUUCACAGAGAACGGGGAGUGGGCCAUCCGCCACCGGCCGGCCAGGAUGCUGCUGGACGCGGCGCCCGCGGCCGCCGGCCACCAGAAGGUGGUGUUCCACCUGCUCAUCCAGCGCAAGCCCCUCUUCUACGUCAUCAACAUCAUCGCGCCCUGCGUGCUCAUCUCCUCGGUCGCCAUCCUCAUCUACUUCCUGCCUGCCAAGGCCGGCGGUCAGAAGUGCACCGUGGCCGUGAACGUGCUGCUGGCGCAGACGGUCUUCCUCUUCCUGGUGGCCAAGAAGGUGCCUGAGACCUCGCAGGCGGUGCCGCUCAUCAGCAAGUACCUGACCUUCCUCCUGGCGGUGACCAUCCUCAUUGUCGUGAACGCUGUGGUGGUGCUCAACGUGUCCUUGAGGUCCCCACACACGCACUCCAUGGCCCGUGGGGUCCGAAAGGUGUUCCUGCGGCUCCUGCCUCAGCUGCUGCGGAUGCACAUGCGCCCUCCAGCCCCCGUGCCGGUGCAGGACGCCCGGCCCCAGCUACAGGGUGGCUCCGGGCAGGCGGUCACAGCGGGGACGGACCUGGCCUUCCGCCUGCCUCGCAGUGAGCUCCUCUUUCAGCAGCGGCAACGCAACGGGCUGGUGAGGGCAGCGCUGGAGAAGCUGGAGAAAGGCCUGGAGCCGGACCAUAGCCAGGAGCUGUGUGGUAGCCUGAAGCAGGCUGCCCCUGCCAUCCAGGCCUGCGUGGAAGCCUGCAACCUCAUUGCCCGUGCCCGCCGCCAGCAGAGCCACUUUGACAGUGGGAGCGAGGAAUGGUUCCUGGUGGGCCGUGUGUUGGACCGUGUCUGCUUCCUGGUCAUGCUCUCGCUCUUCGUCUGUGGCACUGCGGGCAUCUUCCUCCUGGCCCACUACAACCGGGUACCAGCCCUGCCAUUCCCUGGAGAUCCCCGCCCCUACCUGCCCCUGCCAGACUGA